CGCGGGUCAGGCUGUGAUGCGUUCAGGCUCCUGCGCUCCGUCCGACAAACGACACUGCUGGUGCUGCUGUUGCUGCUGCUGCUGCUGCUGCACCUCUCCAUCGGGAACAACCUCGAGGAGAACAUCAUCGCAGCAUCGCCGGCAACCGGUUCCUUGUGCAUUGCGCACCUCCCUCCGACCAACAGCUCCUCAAUCAGCCCUCGCCCCCCCCCUCCUCCACCUCCUCCUCUUCACCUCCUCCUUCUCCUCCUCAGCCUCGUCGCCACCGGAGGGGAGUUUUUCCUGUGUACUUUGCAGGGGGGAGAAGAACACAAUAGCAGUCCGAUAAGCUGCAGCAGCCAUGGGAAAGCAGAACAGCAAGCUGACACCUGAGGUGAUGGAGGACCUGGUGAAGAACACGGAGUUCAAUGAGCACGAGCUGAAGCAGUGGUACAAGGGCUUCCUUAAAGACUGCCCCACCGGAAGACUCAACCUGGACGAGUUCCAGCAACUCUACGUCAAGUUCUUCCCGUACGGCGACGCUUCCAAAUUUGCGCAGCACGCCUUCCGCACCUUCGACAAGAACGGCGACGGCACCAUCGACUUCCGAGAGUUCAUCUGCGCCUUGUCCAUCACGUCGCGCGGCAGCUUCGAGCAGAAGCUCAACUGGGCCUUCAACAUGUACGACCUGGAUGGGGACGGCAAGAUCACCAGGGUGGAGAUGCUGGAGAUCAUCGAGGCCAUCUACAAAAUGGUGGGCACGGUGAUCAUGAUGAAGAUGAACGAGGACGGCCUGACACCGGCGCAGCGGGUGGACAAGAUCUUCAGCAAAAUGGAUAAGAACAACGAUGACCAGAUCUCGCUGGACGAGUUCAAGGAGGCGGCCAAGAGCGACCCGUCCAUCGUGCUGCUGUUGCAGUGUGACAUGCAGAAGUGAAGAGCCCCGCCCCUCGCCCAUUCGCCCCGCCCCCACCAACCCCUCUCAACGUCACCACUGCUCACUCCCCGAGCCCCCCUCCUCGUCACCCUGCUUGAACACACACACACACACAUGCACACACACGUACACAAAAGUAUACAAAAGUACAUGCCCUGGACAGUUGUUUAAAUGUCUAAUUCCACGGGGGGGGUUAAGAAAGAAAAAAACAAAAAAAAAACAAAAGCUUGGACUCUUUUUCAAUGGACUCGCUUCUUGUGGUCGUAUGCAUGAGAACUAAUGUCAAAUAUGCGGAAUCAUUUUGAAUCUAGCGAUAAGAUAAUGCUACCUUUCUAUUUCCAAACAUGUUGUUGUGCACCGUAAACCCUCCACACACACACAAACACACACGCGCUGGUGUACGGAUGAAGUCGAACCGUCGGCGACUUUGCGACGCGUCCGACGAGUGGCAGCCCUGUUGCUAUUGGGGAAAACCGUUGCUGACGUGAAGACGCUUCGAGUGUUUGAUUCUGGUUUAGACUUUGGUGAUUUAGGGCAACCCAGGCAACUUUGCCCGCCAGCAUUGAGGAGUACUUUAGAAUUCUCGUCAAUUUAGCAUCACGUCCGCGUCCGUCUAGCAUAUUGUUGCUUGUUGUAAUUUGGUAGCCAUUUGCCAAAAUUUUGAGGAUGAAUCCGAGAAUUGACGUUUGUGUUUGUGGGAGUCCUGGAAAUGGCGUGAUUGACUCUAAAAUGUCCGCGUCAUAGCAAAAUGGUGGACUUCCUGUCUAUGUUUGAGCAUGGCUUCGGAAGACUUUUGUUUUUGGUGUGUGUCUACUCAUGAAAGACAAGCUUAACCAAAUUUUAUGUUGGCCAAGUAGUCUUCAGGGGGUGAGGCAUUCGCACAAGCGGACUUCCAGUUUUAGAGUUUUGUUCCAGUUUUCAUCCAACUUUGCCAGUCCGCACGCAACUCCGAAAAAUCUGUUCAUCAGGUCUCAGAAAUUACCUUAAAAUAGUGUCUUCAAACCAAAAUACUCAACAUCCCGUGUCUUUUUGGGCAUGGGUUUUUGAGACUUUUUUGUGGCUCAACUCAUGAUCGACACGCCCACCGAAUUUCAUGUUGCUCCGCGAAACUGGCUUCGGGGGCUGAAUUUCCAUCAAACCCCAGGGCACGCUACCCAGCCCAUUGAGUUUCCCCCUCUACCAAGAUGGCGGCUCACACGUGACUCCGCGCCGACUUCUUCCAUGAGCGGAACACUUUCUUUGGGACUCGUUUUUUUUUUUUUUAUCAGCCAGCCUUCCCUUGCAAGUUGUUCACCGCUGCAACUCCCGUACCGCGUCGAGUAAUCGUCAAUAAAAACAAUAACUCCUACAAUAAUUGUAACCAUAAGUGUCUCUGCCAGCCAGGCUUGUAGAGCUUUUGGAUUAUAGAGAGAUGUUCACGCACGACAGAAAAAAAAAAGUAAUUGCAUGCAUAUAUUCCGUGUCAACAAAAGAAGAAAUAUAUAAGAUAUACAGUAUAUAGAUAUAAUCUACUACCUUUUUAUUUAUUUUUUCUUCUGUGGUUCUAAAAGAGGAAACCCUCUUGGGAUUCAUUUCGUAUUGUUGCAUGGGAUGUACAGUGUAAGCUCACCUGAGGUGGAAGCAUGCUUCACUCCGCAUUCAUUCACACAAUUAUUAUUAUUAUAAUAAUAGUAUUUCUUAAUUCAUUUUACAUUUGAUUGCUGCGAGGAGGUUUGGGGCCACAUGUAAGAAAAGUGAUUAUACGACAAGAAUAAAGACAACUGUACUUAGUCAAGAAAAAGUCAUAAUCUUGCCAUUAUAACACCACUUAUAUACUUAUACUAUUGUUUUUUUUUUUCAAAACAUGAUUUGUUUUGUCUCUGAAAAUGGCAAGCUUUUUCUUGAAUAAAAUUGGACUUUAUUGUCAUCUAUAAGACUUUUUCCCUCAAAAAUAUGAAUAUCUUCUUGAAUGCAAUCUGAUUUAAUUCUCAUAUAAAUACAAUUUUUUUCUUGAAAAAGUACAAGAGAGGACCGUGACUUUUCUUAAAAAAAGAUGUCUGUUUUCCUGAGAAAAAAAACAGUGACUAUUCUCAUAGGAUUGCAUAUUUUUUCUUAAAUAAUAAAAUACUGUCUGUUUUUCAUCAAAUGACUAUUUUUCUCAAAAUGUAUUCUUUUUUUCCCCCUUGAAAAAUAUUAUUUUUCUCUUUUCCCUUGAAAAAGGGAUCUCCCCCCCUGCUUGAAAUAAAUAAAUAAGAUUAUUUCUUUCUUUCAAAAAAAAUUGGACUUUUUCUUGAAAAAGAGGUCUUUAUUCCUUUUUUUAUGGCCUCUUUCUUGAACCAGUAGAAAGACGUCAUACUGUCUUAUGCUUUUAGAAAAUAUUACUUUAUUCUCUUUGUAUAAUGCAAUUUUCUUUUCAGUGUGGCCCUAAUUUAUACUCCUUUGCCGAUUGCACCCACGCCCCCCCCCCCACACACACUCGUGGCACACAAUUGGCUGCCUGUUUGAUUUGUUUACACAGUACACAUCCACAUGUUUACAAAGUGCACUGCUAUAAUAAUCAAAUGAUCUGCAUGCUGAGUUUCCUCAUUAGAGGGGCUCAUAUUCCAAAGCAGCAGCAGCAAAAAUAAAAUAAAAUAAAGAAAAGGGAAAAAAAAACCCAACAAGUUUACUGUACACGCUUGCAUUCCAGCAUUGAAAUUGUUUUCAAGUGUAAAGUUUUGUUUUGCCUUUUGAAUGAGUCUUUCCAGCACAUUUGGCUUCCCUGUUUUCCAGGCUAUGCAAGCGUGGACUGAGUGUCUGCUUUGUCCACAUGUCGAAUGGCAGACACGGCCAUCAUAACCUCGACUAUUAUGAGGAUGAUUCCUAUUAUUAUUGUACUGUCUGUACACAAUUCAGUCUGGCCCGACACCACACGGAGAUCUUCAAUGUCCAGUAGGCUAAAUGUUUCUAUCAGAUAUGAAAACUCGUGAUACAAGUUACUGUAUUCUUUUUAUACAUGUGGCAUGUGUUGCACCCCUUAAACAAACAAGAAAUACUUGAGUUCUGUUGUGAUUAAAAUCAAUAAACCACA